AUGUCACUUACAGGUGCUGACCUUCAGGAAAGAGCCAAAAUGCACUCCAGUGAAGUUAGUUCUUUUGUUUCAAAAGCAAGAGCAACUAUUAAUGAAAUGGCUAAUCUUCCAGUACCAACAAUUGCUGCAAUAGAUGGGACUGCAUUAGGUGGUGGCCUAGAACUGGCAUUAGCCUGUGACAUAAGAGUGGCAGCCUCUUCUGCUAAAAUGGGUCUAGUUGAAACAAAGCUGGCAAUCAUUCCAGGUGCAGGCGGGACACAGAGGUUACCUCGUACGAUUGGUGUAUCUCUAGCAAAAGAACUCAUCUUCUCUGCACGUAUUGUAGAUGGUGAAGAGGCAAAAUCAAUAGGAUUGAUCAGUCAUGUGGUGGAACAGAAUGAAUCAGGGGAUGCUGCCUACAGAAGAGCUUUAGCCCUAGCACAAGAAUUUUUACCUCAGGGACCUCUAGCAAUAAGAGUUGCAAAAUUGGCCAUCAAUCAAGGGAUGGAGGUGGAUUUAGUAACAGGCUUAGCAAUUGAAGAAGCCUGUUAUGCUCAGACUAUUCCAACAAAAGACAGAAUUGAAGGUCUUCUUGCUUUUAAAGAAAAGAGGCCCCCUCGCUACAAGGGAGAAUAGGAGAAACUGAUGCCUUGAAAAUACAAAUGAGAUAAACAUGGCUGGAAGGACCUUUCAGCUGCACUUUGCCUCAGCGCAUGGCAAAUCACAACCACCAAAGUAAAAGCAAACCCUACCUACAUUACAACAUCUGGAAUGUGUCCAGACAUGUGCCUGGCUCAAGAAUAUGUAUCAAGUCAUACUCAGCCUGGUUUAUGAAGGUUGCUGUGUAUAUUUGCAAGGUCACAGGUUCAUAAGCAUUUCUUUUAUUUCAUAUGUAUGAAACUAACCAUUCCACAAUU